AUGGCUACUAAAGUGGAGACGUCUUCGAAUCAAAGUAACGUGGACAAACCAGGAUCUCAAGAAGGCAAGUCAAAUACAGAAGUGCUAAGUGUGUCACUUUCGUUGGUCCUUGGUGUCUUAGCAGCAGUCGGCGUUGUGAUUGCUGUGUUGUUUGUUCGCUGGAAAAGGUGAGUUAAGGUUGAAGUUGGUAAAAUCGAACAUCAUAGCACUCGACCGCAAAAGUCGUCAUCAUUAUUUUUAGAUUAAAACAAAUUAAAAUUUUAGAUUAAACUCCAAUUAGCGCUUAUGUUGAGAGUAACUUGGUGACUUGCUAACGCCUAUAUGGGAGUACUCGGUUUUUUGCCCAUGUAUUUGGCAGCUUAAAAGUUAACCACCACAUCUCUUUCAUUGCGCGAGACUUUUAUAUACCUCGGAUCGGUUGAAAGUCCAUGCAGGGGUCCCACAGGCUAGUAAGAAGUCAUUGGCAAUUGAGCCCUAAGAGUGAUCAGCAUGAAAUUUCUCCUUAUAAUAUCAAUGCUUUAGAAAACAGAUUGGUCAUGAGAAUUGAGUACAUGAUCUAUUGAAAAAGUAUAGGGACAGUAAAUGAGAAUCUCAAUUUCAAUAUUAGGCUUUAAAGGGUUGAAACUGUUAAUCAAAUUCGGAGUCACCUUCGGUUGAAACGUCCACACAAACUACCUCAGUCAACGGUUCAGUAUGUGAAGGGGUCAUCUCUCGCAUAUGCCGAGAUUUUCAGACUUCAAUUGGUCUCACCUUUGACGCCAAAGAUCCUCUUAGCAGCUAAUCAGAACAGAAUAGGAUUUCCAGUAAUGCCUAUUGAGCUAAACGAGUUCAUAGAGAGGACCAAGGUGCUUCUGGCUCGCUAAAAAUUCAACGACUGUGAAGGACUAUGGGGAAAUUUGGAACAUGGCGCGCGAAUUUCACGGGAAAAGUGAUUUGAAAGUUAUGUCAUCUGACAGUAACCGAAGAAGGCUCUCACAUGAUUUGAUAGGCUCCAGCGCUUACAUGUAAUGUAAAUACGCAAAACAGAAGCACUUUUCACGGAGCUACAUUUACGACAAAACAGCCAUCUUUCACGCCAUGUCUUCUCCUAGGUUCGCUUUUGAGAAGACAGACCUAAAUUUGAGGUUUAUAUAUGAUUACCGCAUUUUGUAAACGUGUUUUGUUAACUUUUUUUUCUCACGGUUGUAGAAUACGAAAAAUGAAGAAAGGAUUCCAAGACGAACUGGCUACUAUAUGUUUACAGUAAGUAAGAUCUUAAAUUAAAGUUUCACCGGUGGACGAGAGUAACUGAGCUGAUAACUGUUUCUCAUAUUACCAUUUCAUCGAGAUUCUUUAUAUGGCAAUCUUCAAAACUUUUGUAAUUUGUACAGUUUGUAGUCUCGUUUACAUGGCCACGCGCUAGGAUUACGUCCACAUACACUCCAGUGAAAGUUGGAACCACCUCGUAGAGCAUAAAUCAACAACUGAAGAGAUACGUGCCUUGUAAAACGUCUAAAACCCAUCCUCGGAGACCUGGGGGCAAGAGAAAGUCUAAACGGCAAUUUUUUUUUCCGCCCGUUUAAACUUUCCCUUGACCCCAUUAUCUGCCCCUGGGUCUCCGAGGGUGUGUAAAACCUCGCGACUCUCCGGGGAUAGGAAUUGAACUCUUGAUUAUAUGACUGCUAAACAAAGUAAUGCAAAUAUAUUUGAGGAUCUGGAAAGGUAUUUUAGGGAUCCGGGAUUUGACCGAAAUACGGUGUUGGAUUUAGGAAAACGGAAAAUGUCUUGACGAGAUACGGGAUUUGACCGUUACUCGAGAAGCAGGAUUCGCCAAAAUCUUGAAGCGGGAUGAAGUAUUAAGAAAGAAACACUGUUCGGGACACAGACGACAGAAGUUCGGGAUCACGCGGGAUUGUCGUGUAAAAGAAGCGUGAAUGCGGGAUCAGGACCCCCUUCCAGACCCUGAUCUUACUGCACGUAUCGUCUAACGAUAACAUAUUUUUAUUGUUGUUGUUAUACAGUGACGAGUUAGCAUCAGAGGCAUUAUACGCUUCAUGGAAGCCUUUCAUGGACACAAAUGACACGUCUAACAUGAAGCUUGUUAUUCAGCAAUCCACUCCUGAUGCGAAAAGUUCCACUGCCACACAGGCCUAGCAAUCCUUUCUGGUCUAGCCUGCAACCGAGCAAGCUCUCCAUUUGGGGGAGUAAGAGAGAAGUCACGCAAGAGCAGCACGCAAAAGAAGACCCGGCGCUGCUUGCGAACUGUCGCGCCUCGCUUCAAUCGCUAUAAACGAAGAGCUUGCUCGCAGGCUAUUUCUGAUCUUUCUGUAACUUUUAUCAGAGACCAGAGUGCCUGCGCUCAGUUCAAUACAAAUCCCAACUAACAGUGUGUACAAGUUGUAAAAUAUUGCAAAACAAGUAGAAAGCAGCUAUGGACAAAAGGUUUGUCCAGGUUUGAUGACUAGAAUUGUCAGUACGUACUCAAAGGUUUCAGUCACGUUGUAAAAAAUAAUAAAUAGAAGCAUAAAUACGUACAAGACUUCAACGUUUAUGAAUCAAGUGAACCCAUAGCAAAGCGCUGCUCUGUAGUUAUAUAUUUCAUUUGAAUGGUCAUAAUGGUUUUUGUAAUCUCAAAAUCUAGAACCACCUUGUACAGCAUAAUAAACAGCACCACAG